CAAGAUCCUGAAGAAUUAUGUAUUAACGAGUUGUGUCCUAUACUCGCAGAAGAUUUAGAUACUAUAUCUGACAUUUCUUCAGUAAUAACACAAGAUACACCUCAGCACUCAAAGAAAGAAUAUAUAGAUUUACUACCUGUUCCUAAUAAAAUGUCAAUUUAUAAUUCAACAUUUGUGGAUUUGUCAAAUGCAAAACUUACAGUAUUUCCAAAUAAUAUAAUGCAACAUUUUUCAAGGAUACGGAUGCUUUACUUAGAAAAUAAUGCCCUAUCAGAAAUUCCUGAAGAGAUCUUUCCUUCUUUACAAAAUCUUGAAUGGCUAGAUGUACGGAAUAAUCAAUUGAAAAUUUUGCCAAAAAGUAUAAAAUCUCAUUCAUCUUUACAUACACUAUUGUUACAAGGAAACAAAAUUCAGGUUUUACCAUUAGAACUAUGCAUGGUACCAAAAUUAAAAAAUUUACAAGUAGCGCGUAAUCCUCUUACUAUGCCACCGGCAAAUAUCGUAGCACUUGGAUGUUCUAAUAUCUUAAGUUUCUUAAAAAGUGAAUGGAAUAGAUUACACCCAGAUGAAGUUGGAAUAAUACCUGUGAAGGAAGCAAAGCCUAAAUCGUUAACAGUUCUUACUAAUGAGACAAUUAAUAAAAAAAAAUCGAACAUUUUAAAAGUUGUUAAUUGCUAUAGUUGCAGUGAUAUAUCAAAUAAAUUUAAUAAGAUGUCUAUGACAGAGAAAAGGAAAGCUUAUAAACCAAGUAACAGGUGUAAGAGUAAAGGAACAAAUCUUGUCAAACAAAAUCAACUUUCAUGGAUUGAUGAAAUUACAGAAAUGUUGAAUAAAGAAGCUUAUGUACUUCAAAAAAUGAAAAAUAAAGUAGCUCUACAAGAGUGGAGAGAUGAUAAAAGCAGUUUCUCUAAAAGUAUGGAAAAAGCUACAAAAAGAAGAGAAGAUGACAUUCCAUUUGCUAUCGAUAACGUUGACGACUUAUAUAUAUCUAAAGCAGAAAACAAAUUGAAUGAUAAAACGAAUUUGCAAAGAAGAAACAAAGCAAUAUUUGUAUCGCCUACUAACAUAAAUAAAAAGAUUAUAGAAUUAUUGGACUCAUUAGCUACAAUAAAUACAGAUGGAAUUACAAGCAUGACACCAAGUUCCAAACAAAAGUCUUUAAAUGAUACAAUUAAAAAGAUUUGUUUUUUACAAAAAGAAAUACAUCAUCUUCAGCGACACAAUAUUACCACAAUGCCUUAAAUCUAUAUUCGGAAGUAUAAAUCUAAAUGUGAAUUUUAUGCGAAAUUGCUUGUAUGUGUAUUCAUAUUUUAUAAUUAAUAUUUAAUUAAUGCACUAUGAUUGUAGAUCUAUAUGUCAAAUAAUCUGUUAUACAAUAUAAAAUAUUAAUCAUGAGUAAUGACAAUAACAUAUAUAUAUAUAUAUGUAUAUAUAUAUAGUUUUUCUUUUAACAUAAUAACAUGCAAAAAAAAAUAAUAAUUACUAGACAACUAUAUAUCACAAUUUGAAAUGAUGUACCUUGCAUUUGUAGAACCAAUUUAUAUUAUUCAUAGUACGAAAUUAUAAAGUAAAUAUCAGUAAUAAAAAAUACGUAUGCUUUUAUAGAUAGUUAUAAAGAAUAUUGUAAUAUAUAAAUUUCAGUAUACGUUAAAAUAAAAAAAGCUUAUAAAUUUUUAUGAUCGAUUAAACAAUAAACAAGAAGUCGUAGAAUAGAUGCGUAAAUUAUAUUCGUCCUUAAGUUUAGAAUAUCCGCUUAAACAUUUCUAAUAUCAUUUUUAGGCUCGUAUUACAUUAUAGAAUGAAUAUUGUAUAAAAUCAAUAAUUUUAUAUCGUCAGAAUAGUAACUAUUUAAAACAGAUUAUGAUCAAAAUUGGUUUCAAUCGAUUAUAAAUAUAUCUUGAAUAAGAAAAUAGUUCUUAACAAGUCAUAAGAUUUAGACAUCCAUUAUUGAACACACAUAAUGGCAUUUUAUCAUAUAACCCUUGUUUAUGUACAUAUUAGUUGCACAAAUGAUUAUCUAUUAAUCAUUACAACCAUAUAAUAUUGUACAUAAGCAGAAAUAUUAAUAAUGCAAACAAUUCUAAAGAUUUGGAAAUUUAUGCUCUCCUUUACUGACUUUUACCAAGGACACUACAUCCAUAUUUUAUACAGUAUUUAUUUUUAAUAUAUACAUGAUAUAUGUAUUUACUAUUAUAUUAAAUAGACAGAGGAGAGUGAAAUCUUAUACACUGUGAUAUUUCUGUUAUAACAAUAAGUUUUUUUUUGUAAUAUGUAUGCAUAUUUUUUGUCUGCUAUUAUUCAAAGAAAAGAUAUGAAUAGUUUUUUUUUUUUUUUUUUUUUUUUUUUGUUAACAUCGCGUUUUUUUUAUAAAUCUCUUAUAAAUUGGACUAAAUAUAACUAAAAGUUAGGCAUUUUGUAAAGGAAUUGUAAAGAGUGCGAAGGAUUAAUUUAGCAUUAUAUAAUGAAAGAAAGAAAUAAAAAUUAUUUAAUUACACUAAAUACUUUUACAUUCUUCUAUGUAUACCUCUGUUAAGACAAAGUAUACGUUUUAUGUUUUAAU